UGUCUUAUGUUCCGUGGAGGUAAAUCUCAGAAUCUGGAUUUUCUUUCCUUUGCCUGGAAAUUUGGAACUUUCUGGGAAUCUUACAGGACUUUAACAAUCUUCAAGGCUUUGAAAACACUCUGAGAUCCAUCUCAGAAGCACUUUGGAAACCUGGACUCAUCUGGAAAUCGUUCUUCACAGCAGAACUUGGAAGCUAUUACAGGAUUUGAGUCCUUUUGUGACCUUCGUGACACUUUUUACAUACUCCUAGUCCCUUGCCUUGGAACAUCAGAGACACCUGAUUGUUUUUGAAUACUUUCUGGAAUACUAGGUUCAUUGUACAAUCUUUGGAAGCCUGGCGUUAUCAGAAGCACACUGAGAUUUACUUUUUGACCUAACCUGUAAACUGGAACCAUUCUGCAAUCUAAGUCUUUGUACUUCUAAAAUCUAUCUUUGGCUGUUUCAGGAAUUUUGGACACAAACCGAACUGUACGCUGAUUCCUGAGUAAGUCCCCCAUCAUUCCCUCAAACUUUCCCAAUGGCUCAGUCAGGCUCUUGCCCAAACUCAGAUCUGCCAAAUGGCGCCAUUGUCCAUGGCCCGCUAGGUAUUUGUUCAGACCCAGAUACCCAGAGAGGAAGAGAGGACGAGGAAGGAGAAGAGGAAGAUGAGGAGGUGGAACUAGCUGAGGAAGUAGGGGAGGAUGUUUUGAUGAUGGCUGAAGCAGAAGAGGGGGAAGUCGAAGGAGAGAGCACAGAGCAGAGUGAAAGGGACGAAGUGGGGAUUAUCCAAGUGGCGCUGUUACAAAAUGGAGUAAUACAAGAGGGGGAGGAAGGAGGUGAAAGACUGGAGGAAAACUCUGAGGAAGGAGCAGAACUGGUGGAUGAAGAGUAUGACAUGAUAGAACAGACAAGAGAGACAGACGGUGAGGGCAAGGGAGAGCAAGAGUCAAAAGACACAGAGGCAGCAUUGAUAGAGGAUAAGAAAGGUCAAGAGCAGAUAUUAGACAGCAAUGAACAAAAUGAAGACAGCAGGGAAGGUGAAGAAAUUAAACAAGAGGCAGUGACAGCAAGUUCAGCAACAGAGCUCACAGAGGACGAGACCAGUGACAAAGACAAUGGGUUGGUAAAGGUAGUGUCCAGUUGGGAUGAUGGAGAGCAUGUUCAGGAUUCUCUGGUAGAAGAGGCAGGAGAGGAUACACAGGUGUCUACAGAAGACACAGACAAAGCAGAGGUUGUUACUCUACCCACUAAUGUUGACGUAACAGAAAGCUUUGGGGAUCCAACAAUAGAUGUGACCCCUGUUGCCAUUUGGACGAAAGAACAAGCCAACAAUCAAGAUGAUCUAUACCAAACCUCAGCUGUUGGCAACAGUACCAUAACCUUUGAUGCAACUGACACAAUCAAAGCGGUGGCCAAUCAAACCGAUCAAUUAACCAGCGAGAACGGAGAGGAAACGAAAAACACUGAUGAGAAGGACAACUCACAACCCAGCAAACAGGAAGUUGAGUCUGUUAAUAAUAACAUCACAUGGCAACAGAAGGAUGUCAUAGAGGCAAAGGCUGAGGCUGAGGGAAGCACAGAAUUUGUGGAAGACUCAAUGUCAACCUCUGAUAAUGUUCAAGACAUAGAGGGUGAAGCAAAACAGAAUGGUGAGACACCAGACUUUGCCUCUGAAGCCUCUGAGGAACAGCCACAAACAGAAGUAGGGAUUGAGGAAACGCGGGUGGUAGGGAUCAACCAGAAGGAGCAAGAGGAAAAGUCAGUCCGACAGGUUGAGGUUAAUACUCUAUCAUUGAUGGGUGGGGGAGGACAGAGUGCGGAGGAGGAUGGGAAGACAGGCGAUAACGUUAUUAGAGAGUCAGUAGGUGAGGAAGAGCACAGACAAUCAGGAGAUCUAGAAAUGCGAGAGAAUAUUGUUCAAGUUACAAACCAGGCUAAGGUAGAUCUCCAAGAACCUGUACAGCAGUGUGUGGAGGAGGUACUUUUAGACACACAAAAAGAUUUGGACCAGGUGGAGGAGGCCUUUGAACUGGAGGAAGGGGGUGAAGUUGAACCUAAUCAGUCAGUAGGUGAGGGGACAUCAGAGGAGAACGAGUCCACAACAGAGGAGGGUAAUGUCUUGCAAGAAGAUCUUUCACAGAUGCUCAGAGAAGUAGGAACAGAUUGGGGAGAAAAACUGAGAGAGCAGGUCCUUGUAGAAGAUCAGAAGGGAGGAGGAGCAGAAAAAGAAGAAGAAGAAGAAGAAGAAACAAUGGAGGGCGAGGUAGAGAUGGCAGAAGAGCCUGUGACUGUUUUAGAUGAUGAGAUUGAAGAGGAAGAGGAGAGCCAGAGGAGAGAACUUGAAGAACAAAAGCCUGCCGCCAUUACAGCCCCCUGUGAAACCAACAUAGCUGAGACAAAGGAUGGAGAGCAUCAAGAACUGCAAGAACAGAAGCUUGAACUUGGUAAGGAGAAUGAGGAACAGAAAAAUGAAAAAGGAGAGGUAGAGAGGGACGAGAAGCCAAAAGAUGACAACAGAGAGGUAGAGCUGGAUAUCAAUGGAAGAGUUAAAGGACUGAAGCAAGCAAUGGAGAAUGGAAUUUUGAGUCCUGAACCACAGCCACUCAGGAAAGAAGAAUGUGGAACGACAAGAGUGCUGUCACCCAGGAGAAAAGAUAAUGACUGGAUUAAAAAAGUUCAAUGCGAGGAAGAGGGAGAACCACAAAUAAAAGACUGGAGGAAAGAACUGAAGCCUGUGAAAAAAGACAUCUGGGAACCCGAGAGGGGACGAAAAGAAUGGCCGAAGAGGGAAACAUCACCAGAGGAGAAAAGUCCUCCAAAGAAGGAGGACUGGAUAAAAGAGCUGAAGUCAGUGAUUAAAAAUGAAUCCCUGCCCAAAAAGAGGGAUGAGCAGGUGAAGAAAAAGCGGGUGGUGCUGUUGGAGGAUGGCCAUUCAUACAUCCCCCAGCGGGAAGAGAUGAUUGAGGAGAGAAAAGAGGAGGUGAAACUGAUCUCCCAUAGGAGGGUGGGGAGCCCUUUGCCUCCUGAGCACAGGAACAGAGCAACACCCCAAGACCAGGACUACGAGAUCUCACUUUAUGUCAAGGCAGGGAGUGAUGGCGAGAGCAUUGGUAACUGUCCAUUCUCUCAGAGGCUCUUUAUGAUCCUGUGGCUUAAAGGAGUCAUCUUCAACGUCACCACUGUUGACCUCAAAAGGAAGCCAGCGGACCUGCAGGACCUCGCUCCAGGAACCAACCCUCCUUUUGUGACCUUUAACGGCGAGGUCAAGGUUGAUGUCAACAAGAUCGAGGAGUUCCUGGAGGAGAAACUGAUCCCACCACGCUACCCCAGACUGGCUCCCAGACACCGUGAAGCCAACACGGCGGGCAUUGAUGUGUUCGCCAAGUUCUCAGCUUACAUCAAGAACCCAAGGAAAGACACCAAUGAUGCCUUAGAGAAAGCCUUGCUGAAGUCUCUCCGGCGUCUCGAUGACUUCCUGAGGACUCCCCUGCCUGAGGAGAUCGAUGCAGACGCCUCAGGAGACCUGCCUGAGUCCUCCAGGAGCUUUCUAGAUGGAUCCGAGCUCACCCUGGCUGACUGCAACCUGCUGCCUAAACUACACAUUCUUAAGGUCGUCGCCAAGAAAUACAGAGGCUUUGAGAUCCCGGCGGAGAUGACGGGGGUGUGGAGGUAUUUAAACAGCGCCUAUCAGAAGGAGGAGUUCACCAGCACCUGCCCCGCUGAGAGGGAGAUCCACUUUGCCUAUCUGGAUGUCGCGAAGCAAAUAAAAUAAAAUGAAGAGGAAAGACGUCAAACAGAGAGGAGCAAAGUGACUUUAGUAAACUGCGGAGAGAUGUAUCAGGCGUAUCUGUAGGAGGUACAAGUAGUUGUGGGACAUAGUUAAAAAAGGAAACACGACAAAUGAAGAAUAAGAGCUUCAGGUUAUAGACUAGGCCCAUCCAAACUGAUAGGCUACUAAAACUCCAGUGUGUGUGUCGACAGUGUGUGCAUGUGUGUGUGUGUGUGCUCUCACGGGUUGGGUUGCACAGUCUACUGUAUCUUUAUGCUAAUCCUUUUACAAAUAAUCACAACCAGUAAUUGUUGUAGUCUUGUAGAACUUUUGUAGGUUUUCACUUUUCAGACGAUGGCAGGGCCAAGUGCACUGCAAAGAUGAAAUCAGCAGCACAGUGAACAAGCCUCACGCUUCAGUAUCACUGCAUUAGGAACCGUUCAGUCGGUGUUUAGCUAAUAUUGUGUCGUCGAACGAUUAGGUCUUGGUUAACACUUGUUUUUUCCAUUUGAUUUUAUCAUAUUAAUAACUCAGGUGAGGAAUGACAGAACAUUAUAAACACUGUACCAUCAUGAGGGCCCUUUAAUGCGUGCACAAAAGAACGGUUUGACAUUUUGGGAAAUGCACUCAUUUGCAUUCUUGCCAAGAGUAAAGCCUAGUUCACAUUACACUAUUUUCAUCCUAAUUUUGUGUCACAGAGACUAUCGUAAUCUUUAAUCUGUGUGUGCACACCACAAGAUUUCGCCGACAGAGCCCCAGAUAACGCGGUGACGUCACCAAACUUGGAGACGACACAUCGUAAAGGCAUGGAUAUUCUUUAUUAUCCUGGGUCCAAACACACCGCGCUCCCCGUGAUCCUGUGGAUGCUGCCAUUAUUAUUGUUGCUUGCCGGCUUGUCAGUGUUGCCAGAUCUUGGAAGAGAAACAAGCAACCAGUGCUGUGGAAACAAGCCCAAAAGAAGCAACUAUCAUGCGUUUAAAUAACUUAUUAGACAGAUAUAUAUAGAGGAAGGUGACGUUUAGAGAGCAAGCCCAAAUAAGCAACUCCACUUUAGAAACAAGCCCAAAGUCGCGGCUAAUAAGUGGACCUGGCAACCCUGUGUCUUGUCCUCAUCACAUUUUCUUCAUCCUCCUGCGUGCUGACAUGGGACGUAUCCCGCCUCUCAUUGGCUGAUGCUCUUUAUCAGUCGUGUCAGUCUUCUCCAGUUUUCUAGCAUGCCAGAUAUCCAGUCUGUUACAAGACACCUAACAUUAUGCCUGACUCGCUACCUGACACUCCUAACGCUGGUAACUGUAACCUUUAACUAAGCUUUGUUAUUUCCCUGUGGUGUGCAGUUGGACUUGAACGUAUGCCUCACUUACCUAAUGUGUGUAGAUCUCUGAGCUGUCUAGGGGGUAAAUGGGUUACUCACCCUUCAUCAGACCUGACCGCUACUGUAGGCGGCCACCCCGACCCUACGCUUUGGGCGUCCCCUCCGGUCGACGGCCAGGCUGGGCCAGCACAAGCAGCGUUGUUGUGAUUUUAGUUUAUAGGGGGGGUUGAACGCGACCCCAGAUCAGGUGAGGUGUGUAGUAGCGUUCCCAGAUCGGUGGAUUUUGUCUCCGGAUUUCUGAAUGUCUGUCGGAAUCUUCUGCAGAAAUGUGGCGUGGCAGUCUGUCGGCGUCUCCAGCAGCCAGCCUCGACUCCAAUCAACCGCCGCCUUUUCAGGUGUGUGAGCUCCUAGGAAGGGGAGCUACCCAGUACCCCAAGUGGAACAUCAGCUUCUCCCUGCUUCCUAACUCCACCCCUAACUGAACACCUAGGCCUCCUAAUUAUGUGCCAUAACACAGUCCCAGUCGCAGUCAAGGGGGCGACUUGCUCGUGGGCUUGUUCACACAGAGGACUCGUCGGGGCAGACUAUCUGCCGACUCACCUCCGACCCAAGGUGGCUCUCAAGAUCCUCUGCGACGUCAAAAUCGCAGUGAAAAUCGUGUAAUGUGAACUUGGCUUUAGGUGAGAAUAUGGAUACCACUCUGGUGUGUACACUAAACAUGAAGUUAGAGCCAGGUGUUGGUUAGCUUAGCCUACAAACAUGGAAGUGACUGAUCCGACCAAGAAAUACUGUCGUUUCAGUAUGACGGACUUCUUAAAUACAAGUUUAGUUGCCAGAGGGGCAAAACAACCAGUCACCUGGAGCAUGAAAUAUGUCAUGGUAUGGUUUUAUAAUUGCCGAGUUGUAGGUUAUUUUGGUCCCAGAACUUGCCAGCUGUCUUCUAUGCAUUCCCAAAAAUGGAAGUCUGUCAUCAGCCCAGCCUCCCUUAAAGUGUUCAAUGGAUCCACUGCGUGUUGUACUCCUGCUCCGAAAGUCCAACUAACCCUCCCACAUUGUCCAUUUGCUUCACUAAAUAUCUGUAUUCCUGGUAAUGAUGGAUGAAUCAAUGGUCAAGUGAAGUCCGACAGUUAAAGCAGUUAGGAGCCUUUUCUACUUGUACAUUUAUUGAUAGUUAAUUGAACUGAAUGUGUACUCUCUAUAUUGAUGCAAUGAGACUAUUUACGAUACUCUGAUCGUCUUUGACAUGCUUCUUUUGUAUCUGUUGUUACUGACUGGCUGAGUGUGGGCAGGCCUCGGUGCUGGUUGGUUUAACUGCUGGUAAUGACUCUGUGAUUGACCGCCAUCUGGUGAAAAAGUUGCGUUCAUGACAUACAACAGCCACCUCGAUUAAAAACUGUGCCUCCUGUUGUUUUAUCUUGAUUGAUUCGGUAUUUUAUUACAGGUUAAGGUUUAAUCAAUUAAAUAAAUGAUUUAGUAAUUCUGAAGAAACCAUCUCCCAACCCAAAUUCAGAAAAAAAGAGGACAGAAUUUGUUUCUUGUUCCCUUGAAUGCAGCUUUAUUUCGUUAAAAUCGCUUGUUUGAUUGAUGGACAGAAGUGGUUGAGUACGUUUUAGACAUCUUCCAGUUUGGCAGAGAUGAGCAUUAUCUGCACCAAAGCAACCGUGACACCAGCCUGCUGUGUUCUGGCCUUAUAUCCUCUCCGGGGAGAAUCUUUAUUAAACUGAU